CAGGUGGAUUUUCUAACUGAAGGUACGACACGUUACACAGUAAAGCGAUUAUUUUCUGAGGAGAAUCUUUAGAUGUUUUUUUUUAAGAGCAACUACAAGAUAAUACUGUAGGUGGCAGUGUUAUUAAUAACACGUAUCGAGUUGAACCAACCUUUAUUUUGAAAAACUAUUCAGGAUGUACGCGACAUUGUUUUUAGAACAAAAACAAGAAAUAGCUAGCUAGCUGCAGUUUGUGGGAAGUCUAAACAGUUUGACUUAACACUGCAAUGCAAAUUAGUAUUCAUAGGUUUAUUACAUAUAGUUUCAAUUGCCAAGGACAUGUCCAACACCGUUGCCUUUCAUGCUCAGUUGGCCUCCAUCGUUGAGGUUUUGGCGAAUACAGCCGUUGCAGAAAUAUGCAAACUUGUAGAUGACGGUUAUGCUACGUUACGUUUGGAAAUCAGUAACAGCCAGAAAGAAAUCGACAACCUUCGGAGGAAGCUGCUCUUGACAAAAUUCCAGAAUUCCCGACGAAGCGCUGAGAGAUUUGGAGCCCUACGACGCACGGUUCACAGGCGCGUGGACAACGAUCAUGUUGCCAGGGCAAAGGAAAGCCUGGAAGGAAAGUCGACUGGCGGACAUGGAUAUUCGGAGAAUCGUUUUACCGACAGUGAAGGUGGCCACUUUACCCAGGAAGUCACCAACCAGGAUAGGGGAAUGCAGAUGGAAGAUGUACAAGAGGCACCUCUUAUCAAAACAGAGAAGCUGGACACUAGCAGAACAGAAGUGACUGUCCAGCCAGUCGAGGAGAGAACAGAUAACAUUAUUGUGUUAGAGCCAGGUGCUUCUUCAUCAACUGAAACCACCAAGCUUAUAGACCAGCAAGGAAACGGAUGCAAAACCUCUGACACUGCACUGGGCAUAGAACCCGAAAACCCGACAUUCCAGCAUCAAACGUCACAGUACAGAGCAAGACAGGACCCGCAGGUUGCUGAGUGUGUGAACUGGGAAACUGAUAAUCAACCGUUACCAUACAGCCUGUCUCAGUGGGCGGGGGGCCAGGAGAGUGACCGCCGAACUGUGAAAGAUCCUUACAAUUCUGGGCCAGAUUCGUUGAAGCCGUCUGCACACCAAGAGAGGCUAGGGGAGCCAGGUGACCCUGGGGUCUGCAUACCCACUUCGGGUUCUCUGGACUGGGUCCCUGAUGUGGUACUCGUGGACUCGGUUCCCAUUAAAGUAGAGGCAGACAUGAGUACAGGGUGGAGUAUAAUUGGGCAAGACGCAACCUCUGGAGAACUCUGUUCAGAGGGCCGGCAUCUUUUGAACAGCCGAGGAGUGGGAAUGAACUCUGGACAGACAAAGGGUCCCUCUGACACUCAGACCGCAGAGCAAGGCCGAACUGUAGGAUCGAGGACCAAGUUCCCCGAUUUCAACGGACUGUCCAGUCGAAACAGCUUCCCAUCCCCAAGAGUUACUGUCCACCAGGUUGGCCAUAGAGGGCAAGCGCCGACGCCAAAUUUUAACCGAGCCUUGGCUUCAUCGUCGAAGGGCCUGGAGAAGCCGCUGCAGCAGCUGACGUCUCGCUCGGCCAAGCGGCAGCUCCGGUGCAACCUCUGCGGAAAGCCCUUCCCCCAGCCGGCGUACCUGCGGAGACACAUGAGGGUGCACACGGGCGAGAAGCCAUAUGGCUGCAGCCACUGCGCCAAGCGCUUCUCACACAGCCACCAGCUGAAGAUGCACGAGAGGGUUCAUACCGGGGAAAAGCCGUUCCACUGCGUCUUCUGCGGGAAGUGCUUCACCCAGUCCGGACACAUGAAGAGGCACCUCCUUGUCCACACUGGCGGCAGGCCGCAGGAUGUUGGGCUGCCCGAAAUACAGAACUGACAUGAAAUCAGCAUCCAGAGGCAAAACUGAAACCUUUAUACCCAGAGCGGUUUUCCUCAGCACACAUCCAGACCAGAGAUUGAAGAUCUUAAAGAUUUUAAACUUCCUUAUGAAUUUGUAUAGGUGCUGUUGUGAAUGAACGUAAUUAAAAAUGAUUCAGUUAAUUUCCAUUUGCCUCUUAACCCUAUUGAAUAUGUAUUUACUAUCAGACUGAUAUUAAGCUAAGUAGUCUGUCAUACUGUUUUAAAAAUAUAAAUAAAAUGAAUUAAUGAAA